CGACAAGGUCACUUACUCCUCUACAUCGUCCCUCAUCUACUCAACAUGGCAUUCUCCUUUGGCGCUCCUGCCUCCACGAGUCAGCAAGGCACAGCUGCUCAGCCUUCAACGGGAGGAUUCAGCUUUGGCAAUGCAUCGACUUCUCAGCCCCAACAGCCCCAGCAGCAGCAGCCAUCCACGAGCGGCUUCAGCUUUGGAUCUUCGAAUCAGCAACAACAGCAGCCAAACGCUGGCGGGGCUACUGGAACAACGGGGGGCUUCAGCUUCGGUCAGCCUCAGCAACAGCAGCAAGCUGGCCAGCAGAGCUCCACUGCUACCACUAGCGGGGGUUUCGGAAGUGGCUUGUUUGGAGGCGGAGGAGGAGCAUCGAGUAGUCUGAACCAGUCGCAGGCUCCGAAGCCCAGCGGCUUUUCCUUUGGGAACAGCACGACACAGCAGCAGCCUCAACAGCAGAACCAAUCCCAGUCUCAGCAGCAGCAGAAUCAGCUGGGUCAGUCUCAAUUCGGUGUCUCGCAGCUGGGGACAAGUACCUCGGGACAACAACAGCAGCAGCAGCAGCAGAGCCAGCAGCAGGACAAGCGGUUGGGAGCUUCUCUUAAUCAGAAGAUGGAGGCGGUUAGAUUGGCUUGGGACACAAAUAACCUGCAGACCUGCCGGUUCAUGACCUACUUCUACAACAACAUUCCGCAGGGCAUCAUGCCACCCGCCGGACCAGCUGGAGCCGGUGGAGGAGGUCCCUUCGAAAGCAAUCCCAAUUUUGGUAGGAGGCAGGAUGCAGUUGGGCCCGUUCACGAUGCCUUGUGGGAGAGAGCUAGCAGAGAGAACCCAGACCGGACGAGAUUGGUACCAGUCCUUGCCAUUGGCUUUCCGGACCUCAAGACACGACUGACAGCUCAGGAAGGUGAGGCAACACGUCAGUCCUCCCACCUCAAGACGAUCAACGAGAGGAUAUCAGCCCUAGAGCAAAAGCACAGUCUGAGCGACUCGGUGCGGACCUCGGCAGCCAUGAAGAGGCAAGCAGCCCUGCAUCACCGCAUCGUCAGCAUCGCGCGCAAGUCUCACGUACUCAUCCCUUCCCUGAGAGGAACGAGCGUGACCAAGGAGGAGGAGGCGCUGCGAAGCAAGCUGGAAGCCUGUGAAGCUGAGCUUGAGUCGGCUGGAGGCAGCGAUGGAAGCGGACUCGGCGGAAGUGGUUCUGGAGCGACCAGUGGGCGCUUAAGGGCACGAGUGAAUGAGCUAUGGAGCAUGCUGGGAGCCGUCAAGACACGGAGAGAGAUGCUGGAGCAAGAAGGCAGGAAACCCAGUGUUGAGUGGGCAGUCGUCGAUGAGCGCGGCGUGGAAGAAGUGGCCAAUAUUCUCGCACAGCAGCAGCAAGGUCUCAACCACCUCAUUGCCACGCUAGAGGAGGACAGCCGAGCACUCGAUACAGUCCUGCAGGGUCUCAAAGGCGUGCAGCUCAUCGGGACAGUCAAGAGCGGAGCAGGGCUGAGAGGAGCGACAAUGGCGUAGAGCCGGCGGACGUAGGUGUUCUGCAUGUUCAGAUCUGGCGAUCUGCUGAUCAAUACAUCCAUUACGAGCAGAAGAACGGUACACCUGCAAGAGAAUGAAGGCAAGCGCAGGAGGUGAUCAACAACAUGUCUAUGCUUGUUUCGUAAAGAAGAGCUUCCGCAUCCGGGUCCGAUCGUACCAG